GUGCCUCCUAAGGGUGGCGGGAAAAGUAGGUGGCUGUGGAGCGGGCUUCGCGGCGAGUCCGCGACGGCCUCGUCCUCUGCGCCUGGGGUCCGGGUCCUCGCCGCGCUCAGAAGGCUGAGAACAUCUGGUUCCAGCAUUGAAUGAUGGCAGCAUUACAGAAUAAUGAAGAAUAUGAAAAAGUACCGAAGAAAACCUUUGCUCCACCUACACAAAAAUGGCAUAGCAUAAUGCCUCCUGGUCCUAACUCAUACAAGGAGGACACCCUGGGGAUCAGUUCUCCACAGGCAGAGGCCAAUCCCAACCCUCCAAAGGCCAGUUUGAAGAGGAAAGAGCAGAAGGCAGCUACUCAGAAUGGUCUAAGCAGGGGCCAGGAGAAAAAACAGAAGGUUCAAGACAAGACACCAUCAGAGAAGCACAGAAAGGGGAAAGCCACUCUGUCCAAUGCAGAAUUUGAGGAGAUUGUCCAGACGGUGCUGCAGAAGACCCUCCAGGAGUGCUUGGGGAUGGGAACUGACCUUAAUUUUGCAGAGACUUCGUAUUUCCAACGCAUAGUAUGUAUCCAGUCAGACAGAGAACCAGGAAUUGUUGCUUCUGGUAGUGAUAAUGAUAACACUGAUGGGGAGAGGGUGAUGGCACCUGAUAAUACAGAGAUUCCAGCUUGUCUGGAAGAUAAGGUUGACCUUGACAUACAGACAUCUGAGCUAGGCCAGGUGGCUCCUGCUCUCGCUAAGAAGAAAUUUAACAGACCCAAUUUAAGCAAAAGAAAGAAGGAAGCUCAAGAUGAAAGUAUGGAGGAAAUGCAAGAUAGACAUGUGCUCAAACAGAAGGACCAACAAAGGACAAUGACUAAGGAUCGUUCUCAGAUCAGGGGUCAGCAGAACAAAGAGGAAAGUGGUUUUGGUCAGUGUAUAGUCUGGGUCCAGUGUUCUUACCCAACAUGUGAAAAAUGGAGGCGGCUGCAUAGAAACAUUGACCCUUCAGUUCUUCCAGAUAACUGGUCUUGUGACCAGAAUCCAGACUUGGAUUAUAACCGGUGUGAUAUUCCUGAGGAAACCUGGAUAGGUUGUGAGAGUGAUGUGGUCUAUGCCUCCUAUGUCCCAGGAUCCAUCAUCUGGGCCAAGCAGUACGGCUACCCCUGGUGGCCAGGCAUGGUGGAAUCUGAUCCUGACCUGGGAGAAUAUUUUCUUUUUGCUUCUCAUCUUGAUUCCUUGCCGUCUAAGUACCAUGUGACAUUUUUUGGAGAAACUGCUUGCCGUGCUUGGAUCCCAGUUAACAUGCUGAAGAACUUCCAGGAGCUGUCCCAGGAGCUAGCUACCAUGAAAAAGUGCAAAAACAAGGACUAUAGCCAGAAACUGGAGGCAGCCAUAAUGAUGGCUCAGAAGGCAGAACAGACCAACAUUCAGGAACGGGUUAACUUGUUUGGUUUCAGGAGUCGAUACAAUGCACCUGAAAACAAUGGGGAAGGAAAAGACUUACCACUGUCUGGGCCCAACAGCCCAGAGUCCUGCUUGGAGAAAGAAGAGGAGGACUUAGAACUGGAGAAGGAAGAGAAAAGAGACCCAACAUUGCAUGGACCCAAGCCAGCUAAAGUACAGACAAAAAGAACCAAGCCAAGAGGUAUGACCGAUGGACAAGGCAGGACUCUGAAAAGGAAGACAAUGGAAAAAUGCCUGGGCAGUGAAUCCACACCCUAUCCUGCACCCAUGGUGGGAGAAAAGGGAGGACAGAAGAAUUCAGACCUGGACUGUCCAGGCCCUAAGAAAAAAUUCAAAGCUCCUGAAAUGAAGGCCUCAGUCUGCAGUGCCUCUGAAGAAAAGGAAGAUAGAAUGGUGCCAGAGGACCUGACCCUAGCUGCUCACCAUGGGCUCUCUCCCCUCGUAGAGAAAGAAGGGCCUAGCUUUAGAAAGGAGCCACCUAGCCCGGAGGCUUUACAUUUCCCCUCUGAAUAUGAAGCCUCUACUGACCUGGACCUUGAACAGUUUAUGGAAGAUAUUGGAAGAGAAGAGUCAGAGAGGAGACAAGAUCCUCAACACAGGGAGGACUCAGAGGACUUCCUGGCAGCCUUCUUUGAGUAGUGUGCCCCUGCCCUCCUGUGCGGUUGGUUUUCUGCAGCAAUGGGAGCCUCAGCCUUCCUCCCAGGCAGCUAUUAAGAAUCCUCAUUGUUGAUCAGCUCAGGUUUAAGUCAGAGCUGUGCAGUCACAUGUUAAUAAAGCGGGUUUCUGGAA